AUAAAUAACAGCAGAAGUGAUCUAACCCUAUACAGCCCAUCUUCUACGUGCAAAAACAGCGUGCUGAGGACGGCCACAUCGCCCACCGAAAUCAAGUGGAUCUCUGUGGAUAAGAGCACCGGGCAGCCAUGGAAGAACUUACGGCUUUUGUAUCCAAAUCUUUUGACCAGAAAAGCAAAGAGAGCAGCAGCAGCAGUGGCAGCAGCAACAAGAAGGAGACGAUCACGUACAGGGAAGUUUUGGAGAGUGGGUUGGCUCGCUCCAGGGAGCUGGGAAACUCAGACUCUAACCUGCAGGACAUGACCGAGAGCAGCAACCAUUGCCCGGUGCAUCUUUUCAAGGAGCACGUAGAGAGCGACAAGGACAAACUCAAGGAGUUCGGCACGGGCAGGACGGCGGAAGGGAUCUACGAGUGCAAGGAGAAGAGGGAGGACGUGAAGUCGGAGGACGAGGACGGGCAGACGAAGCUCAAACAAAGGCGAAGCAGAACCAACUUCACACUGGAGCAGCUGAACGAGCUGGAGAGACUUUUUGACGAGACUCACUACCCGGAUGCCUUCAUGAGGGAGGAGCUGAGCCAGAGGCUGGGGCUCUCCGAGGCCCGCGUUCAGGUCUGGUUCCAGAACCGGAGAGCCAAGUGCCGGAAGCAGGAGAACCAGAUGCACAAAGGGGUGAUCCUGGGCACCGCCAGCCACCUAGACGCCUGCAGAGUGGCCCCCUACGUGAACAUGGGAGCGCUGAGGAUGCCUUUCCAACAGGUCCAGGCGCAGCUGCAGCUGGAGGGCGUCGCCCACGCGCACCCGCACCUGCACCCGCACCUGGCGGCCCACGCGCCCUACCUGAUGUUCCCGCCGCCGCCCUUCGGGCUGCCCAUCGCCUCCCUGGCCGAGUCGGCCUCCGCCGCCGCCGUGGUGGCCGCCGCCGCCAAGAGCAACAGCAAGAACUCCAGCAUCGCCGACCUGCGGCUCAAGGCCAGGAAGCACGCCGAGGCGCUGGGGCUCUGACACGCUCCCGGUGCCCGCGCGUGGGGCCGCGCGUGACGCCCUCGCACCGCGCCGCCCCCCACGGACUGCCGCGCUCUCCUGC